AUGGUAAGAUCAACAAAUCAGAUUAAUUCAGAAGAGUCCAAAGAUGAAUCGUGUACUGUUAUUCCAUAUUUCCAACUAAGCUGUCAUAAUGGAAGUCAGUCACCAGAUCCUUCUAGUCCUGAGGACUCUUCAGCUAUUAAUUUAAAAUCUUUUCAGAGUUGUGAAAAAUCAUUCAUAAAAAAACAUGACCUGGUUGUACAUCAGAGACUUCAUACCAGUGAAAAACCCUUUUCCUGUUCCAAGUGUGGGAAGACCUUCAUAAACAAAUCAGAUCUCAUUCGACACCAGAGGAUCCACAGCAAUGAAAAACCCUUUUCUUGUUCUGAGUGUGAGAACUCCUUCAUCUACAAAUCAGAUCUCAUUCGUCACCAGAGAGUUCACACUGGGGAAAAGCCCUUUUCUUGUUCUGAGUGCGGAAAGUCUUUCACUAGCAAAUCACAACUCACAAUACACCAGAGAAUUCACACCGGGGAGAAGCCCUUUUCCUGUUCCGAUUGUGAAAGAAACCACGACCUGGUCGUACACCAGAGAAGCCACACCAGUGAAAAACCCUUUUCGUGUUCCGAGUGUGAGAAGAUCUUCAUAAGGAAAGCAGGACUUGCUCAACACCGGAGAACCCACACUGGGGAAAAGCCAUUUUCGUGUUCCGUUUGUGGAAAGUGCUUCAAACAGAAAUCGCAACUCAAUAGACACCACAGAGUCCACACUGGGGAGAAGCCCUUUUCCUGUUCCGAGUGCGGAAAGUGCUUCACUGAUAAAGGGAACCGUGAUAAGCACAUGAGGAUUCAUACCGGGGAGAGGCCGUUUUCCUGUUCAGAAUGCGGCAAAUGUUUUGCGCAGAAAGUGACGCUAAUCAUCCACCAGAGAACACACAGCACCCAAAAACCCUUUGUCUGCCCCCAGUGUGGGAAAGCCUUCUUGAGGAAAUCGGGACUGGUUCAACACCUGAGGAUCCACACCGGCGUGAAGCCGUGCCCGUGUCCUAUCUGCGGGAAGUGUUUCAUCGACAAGUCGCAGCUCAAUAGACACAACAAAGUCCACUCCGGCGAGAGGCCCUUUCCCUGUCCUCAGUGCGGGAAGUGCUUCUCUCAUAAAGGGAACCGCGACAAGCACAUUAUAAUCCACACCGGGUUGAAGCCGUUUUCCUGUUUUCAGUGCGGGAAAUGUUUCGUGCAGCCCGCGCCCCCCCCCCCCAUCCUAUCCAUCACUACUAACAUCACCACCAUCAAUCCCGCCCCGAUAAGUUCAAAAUGUAACAUGUUCCCAAUGCUGCAGCCGCUGACUGAUUCCCCCCCCCCCCCCCCCCCCCCCCCCCCCCUUUCCCUCGAAAAACCCUUUAAGUGCUCUGAGUGUGAGAAGUCCUUCAUGAGAAAAGCAGGACUUGUUCAACACCUGAGACUCCACACUGGGGAAAAGCUUUUUUCCUGUUCUAUUUGUGGAAAGACUUUCACCGAGAAAUCGCAACUGAAUAGACACAACAUAGUCCACACCGGGGAGAAGCCCUUUUCCUGUCCUGAGUGUGGAAGGUGCUUCCCUCACAGGUGUGAAAAGUCUUUCACCGUUAAAUUACAGCUCACAGUACACCAGAGAUUCCACACUGGGAAAAGACUCUUCUCAUGUUCUCAGUGCGAAAAGUAUUUCACCUGCCAAUCAAAACUUGAUAUACACCAGAGAGUCCACACCGGAGAGAAGCCCUAUUCAUGCUCCAAGUGUGAGAAGUCCUUCACACACAAGACAGGACUAAUUCGACACGAGAGAAUCCACACCGGAGAAAAGCCCUUCUCCUGUUCUGAGUGUGAAAAGUCUUUCUCCCAAAAAUCGCAACUCAAGGUACAUCAGAGAGUCCACACCGGCGAGAAACCAUUUUCCUGUCCAGAGUGCGGCAAAUGCUUUUCUGAAAAGGCUAAUCUUGAUAACCAUUUCAGAGCUCACACCGGCGAGAAGCCGUUCUCCUGUCCGAAAUGCGGAAAUGCUGGAAAUGUUUUGCACAUAAAUGGACGCUAA